AUGUCAGAUCAUUUCAUCAAUACAAGCUAUCGAGAAUUCGCCAACAAUCCUACUGCUGACGAAAUUCCAAUUUACAUGCGUCAGUUGAUGAACGCUAUUUGCGCUUGCCACGAAAUGAAGCUAAUCCAUCGUGAUAUAAGACCUGACACUGUUCUAAUUGAUAGAAACCAAAGGCUACUGCGACUGACAGACUUUGGAAAGUCUGUAAUCUACGUACCUGAAGAGCCAUAUUCAAUUGAUCACAACGAGAUCUACUAUGAGGCACCAGAACUACUUUUAGAAAAUGUGAAAUAUGACUUUUCAGUCGAUAUGUGGGCAUUUGGAUGCCUGUUUGCCGCUCUUGUGUUGAGAGACAACCUCUUGUUUUACGAAGUUACAGUGACCGAUAAAUUACUAAGAAUUAUCGAUUUUCUGGGUAUUGAAGGCUUGAAAGCAUAUGCAAGCAGAAGACAAUUGAGUCUACCUCCGUAUAUUGAAGAGUUUGCCAAAAUGCAUCCAAGAAUUUCCUUCGUCAGUUUAGUUAAGCCCGAAAACGCAGAAUAUGUCAAUCUUUGGGCAAUUGAUUUGAUCGAAAGAAUAUUGACGUAUGACCCUGUAGAUCGAUUUACUGCUGAAAAGGCUUUACUCCAUUGCUAUUUCCAGAAAACAAAUAGCGCAGGGCAGUGA